CCUGUUACUUUUCCGAACUGAGACACUGCAAGAAAUUGGAGUAUGUCCAUCAUGGCCGCUUCGAUGUGUUCACUCUUGUUAAAUUUUUCACUGGCCAUGUUACUAGGCCUGACUACCCUGAGCGGACUGAACUCAUGGCCAUCAGGUCAAGUUUCAGCACAGGCAUCUUCCAACAACCAGACCACAGAAUCUCCUGUUUUACCAGAGGCAGCAUUGGCAAUACCAACACCAGAUCCACAGUUACAAACAGAUUCAACCAGUGGGAACCGCUGCUGGGGGUACUAUGACGUCAUGGGCCAGUGGGACCCACCAUUUAACUGUAAUGCAGGCAUCUACCUGUUCUGUUGCGGUUCCUGCUUCUACCGCUUCUGCUGCCAGUUCAGAAUCCACAGUUUAGACCAGACCUCCUGUUCCAACUAUGAUACACCUGUAUGGGCGAACACCGGGAAACCAGGAGUACCUGUCACAGAGGUCCAUCAGGAACCAGAUCGGGAUCGAACCCACAUGAUCGUGUACAUUAUCUGUGGGGUGGUGGCCAUCAUGGUGCUGGUGGGGAUUUUCACAAAACUCGGACUGGAGAAGAGCCAAGGAGGUCAAACAGACAUGACAAACUCAAGGACCCUGACGGAGCUUCUGAAGCAACCAGGGGAGGCAGGAGUGGUGGAUGGAGCUGGAAUUCAUCAUCCUAUAGGAACAAACGGCAUCACCGCCAGAGCAAUGCGCUCCAACAAUGGUUCAUAG